AUUUGACUAGCUCGCGAAGAGAGCAUUCCAUCGCAUAACUGUCGUUAGUUGCAUAUUGUUUGCUCCGAGUAUCUAUCGCCUCAGCCCACAAUGAAGUUCUCAGUUACUGCCCUGGUUGCCUUUGCAGCCACCGUGCUUGCCCAGCCAAGGUUUACCAACUCGAACUUUGCCGUUGAGGAGAACAAGCCAUUCACUUUGACCUGGUCCGGCGCGGUUGGCCCCGUCACUAUCACACUGAUGACCGGCCCAGCCUCCAACCUGCAGGAGGUCACGGUAAUUACUUCCGGCGAGACGGACAACUCGUUCACCUUUACCCCCAGCGACCUGCCUUCUGGCACUUAUGCCUUCCGGAUCAGCGACUCGACCGACGAGCCCAACUACAGCGAGAGCUUUGAGUACGUCGGCACCGGCGAACCGCUGACCACCACCUCCGUCACGUCGACUGCCACCCGCAGGAGUACUAGCACUUCGGUCACGAGCACCUCGAGUGCCAGCACCACCAGCGAGGCCUCGACUACCACUUUGACCACCACCAGCGCGUCCAACAGCACUAUCACCUCGACAAGUCUCUCGACAACUUUGACCCCGACCACCACCACCACCCGCACGACCCAGACCACCGCCCCCGCCAACUCCAACAACGGCCAGCGCUUCGCUUCGCCCCUCGCCCUCGUCCUGGGCACCGUUGCUGCCCUUCUCUUCUUUAACUAGAGGGGCUGUGAGGUGAUGGGUUUGGCGGGC